AUGCAAAGCACAAGAGGAGCGGCAGUUGUUCUGCUAGCUCUGCUCCUGAUCCAGGCUGCCAGCGCGCGUGACCUGCAGCAAGUGGCGCUUCCCAGCGCGUUCCCAGGCGCCGACACCGGCGACGAGACCGCGGCACCCACCACCCCCGCAGCAACAACCCCCUCUCCCACCUCGACAUCGCCUUCGACCUCGCCAGCGGCGUCCUCGCCGGCAGCUGCGACUUCGCCGUCCCCGGCAGCCGCCAAGGCGCCGGCCCCGGCGCCCACCAAGGCUCCGGCGCCGGCGCCCGCGGCGGCGACACCGGCCCCCGCUCCUGCCCCGGCAGCCGGCGCGCCGUCGGCCGGCGCGCCCGCCCCGGGCCCAGCCACCGGUGCCGCCCCCGCGCCCGGCCCGGCCGCCGCCACUUCCGGCGCCCCAGCUCCGGCCGGCGCCGCCAUCGCCACCGGAGGAGGCGACAGCGGCAACACAACGGUGAUCUACAUCCAGCAGGCGGGCAACGUGCAGAUGACGUCAUCGCCCAGCGACCCCAACUCGGGCACCAUGUUCAUGAACAACGCGCUGGACACCACGCUGUAUGACCAGGACUACCCCAUCCGCAAGCUGGGCAAGACCUCCACCACCAACUUCAUCAACGCCGGCUCGCCCUCCAACGGCACCGGCGCCGCGCAGUGGUUCGCGCCCGCCCCACAGGCGCAUUCAGGGUCACCCUCACUCCGUACCAGCAACCCAGAUGCGGUGCUGCUGGGUUUUAACACGACGUACAACGUGUACCUGCUGCUGACGCUGUCCGCGCCGGUCUACAACUUUACGACCAACACGCUCGCGUUCAACUACCUGCUGCAGAACCCGGGCGCAGCCAAGGGCAACACGGCGACCAACGGUUACGUCGCCAAUUACUACAUCAACGCCACCGACUCCGGCGUGCUCCCCGUGACCAGCAUCAACUCGCAGCUCACGCUGUUCACCCCUUCUUUGUUCUACACAAUCCCCUGCUCCACCACCGACACCCCGGUGCCUAUCGGCAGCUGCACAACCUCCAGGAAGGGUGCAUGCGCGAAUGGGGCCCAGGGUGUGUGGAAGGAGGGGACUUUCUGCGCCUGA